AUGAUGACACUACGCUGUCAUUCUGCAGCGAUGGUAUCCAGCAGGAUGGCAGUAGAGAGCAGUUGUCCUCUGGGGCAAUUCCCCUGUGGUAACGUGACGGUGUGUCUGCACCAAGCUCUGCAGUGUGAUGGACACAGAGACUGCCCCAAUGGAGCCGACGAGGAAAACUGUGGGGACAACAGCGGAUGGGCGGACAUCUUUGAUCGAACCGUCAGAAAGGUCCAACCACAGGGCCUACCACCAGAAGACUGCUUCUUGCAGCAGUACCCAGAGAAUUGUGACUGUAUCAAGACAGAACUGGAGUGUGUGGAAGUCAACCUACAUGAUGUUCCUCAAGUCUCCACCAACGUCACCUGGCUGUCUCUGAAGAGUAACAAGAUAAAGAGCUUGUCUGACAACAUCUUCUCCAAAUACGCACACCUGCAGAGACUGUUCCUACAGAACAACAGCAUUCAGACAAUCUCCAGUGAAGCCUUCAGUGGACUCUACAAACUAGAGAAACUGUUUCUUAGUGUCAACUCCAUUUCAUCACUCAAACUCGGUGUGUUCAGUGAUCUCCGUAAUCUAUGGUGGCUUGUGUUGGAUCAUAACCCUUUGAAAAGUAUCUCCCAAGACACCUUCACCGGCCUCACCUCCCUCAUGUUCCUUUCCAUGGUGAAUACGUCUCUGGUGCAGCUCCCCCAACCCAGCCUCUGUCACCACACACCUAACCUCAGCUGGGUGGAUUUUGAGGGGAACCAGGUCUUAACCAUCAACUACUCCACUCUGAUAACCUGCAGCCAGCUCACUGUACUCCUCCUGAUGAACAACAGGAUUCAUGCUCUUCCUGUUCGCUCUUUUCAGACUCUGGUGCUGCUGGAGGAGCUAGACCUGUCCAACAACCGGAUUAAGGAGCUCCCCAAAAACACCUUUAAGAGCUUAAAGUCCCUUGUCAAAUUGAACAUAUCCCAUAAUCCUUUGUUCCACAUCUACCCGGGUCACUUUGACGACCUGACCCAGCUCCAGUCCCUGGGUCUGGAGGGUAUUGAGAUUCCAAACAUCCAGACCAAGAUGUUUCUACCCAUGGGAAACCUCUCACACAUCUACUUCAAGACCUUCCAGUACUGUUCCUAUGCGCCCCACGUGAGAACGUGUAAGCCCAACACGGACGGUAUCUCUUCCUUCGAGGACCUGUUAGCCAACGUGGUGCUCAGGGUCUCUGUGUGGGUCAUGGCCUUCAUCACAUGCUUCGGGAACCUCUUCGUCAUCGGGAUGAGAUCCCUGAUCAGAGCGGAGAACAACCUGCACGCCGCCUGCAUCAAAGUCCUCUGCUGUGCAGACUGUCUCAUGGGUGUGUACCUGUUCUUUGUCGGUGUGUUUGAUGUGAAGUUCCGAGGGGAGUACAAUCGUAACGCUCUCCUGUGGAUGGAGAGUGUGGAAUGUCGAACCAUCGGAUUCCUGGCUAUGCUCUCCUCAGAGGUAUCUGUUCUGCUGCUGACCUACCUGACUGUGGAGAAGUUCCUGGUCAUCGUGUUUCCCUUCAGUCACCUGAGACCUGGAAAACUACAGACUGCGGUGGUGCUGUUAUCUAUCUGGGUGCUGGGGUUCAUCAUCGCCGUAGUUCCCCUGAUGAACGAGGACCUGUUUGGGAACUACUAUGGUCGUAACGGGGUCUGCUUCCCCCUACACUCUGACAGACAGGAGAAGCCCACUGCUAAAGGAUACUCUAUCGGCAUAUUCCUGGGUCUGAACCUGGCAGCGUUCCUAGUGAUCGUGUUCUCUUACUCCUCCAUGUUCUACUCCAUCUACAAGACUGGUAUCAACGCUACAGACCUGAGGAGCAGGCUACACAGAGACGUGGCUGUAGCGAACAGGUUCUUCUUCAUCGUCUUCUCUGACGCCCUCUGCUGGAUCCCCAUCUUCCUGGUCAAGAUACUGUCCCUGCUGCAGGUCGAGAUACCAGGUACCAUCUCAUCCUGGGUGGUGAUCUUUAUAUUACCCAUCAACAGUGCCCUGAACCCCAUCCUCUACACUCUGACUACCAGCUUCUUCAGAGAACAGGUGGAGGUCCUGCUGUGUCGUUGGCAGAGAAGGUCGACCCUGAAGAAGAACAGGAAGAGCCUGACCUCUACUGUAUACAUAGAGGAUUCAAGGAAUACACUCAACCAGCCUCCAGCAUACCUACCUACUGUACCCCGGGUACCACUGACUGAUAUGGAUCCUCGCUACGGGUGAAGGAGAGGUGGUAGGAGUGGGGGGGGCCUCGUCAUGGGAAGGAGGGAGUGAGAAAGGAGGAGGGAGAGUAUGAAUGAGAGAGAGGUUAGAAAAAAACGUCGGCCCCCCCUAAUGAUCUGCCCAGCAUGUCUGAUA